AUGAUUGGAAGCAUUGUUGGCCUUGUGGUUGUGAUUCUCUUUGAAAAAUAUGGAACAGAAGAGGAUAAGAAGGCUUUGAUGCUUGACACCUAUGAUCUUGGUGCUCUUAUUGCUAUUUACAGUGCCGUCAUCAUCAGUCACAUCUGUGGAAUUCACGGUGCCCUGACAUUUAGGAUUGGCCCAAUUUUGAUCACCAUCCUUAUGAACAUUGCCUAUGCUGUCAUUGCUGGCUUGGAUAAGAACUGGAUUGGCCUUGGUGUCUACACCUUCCUCCUGUAUCCCCACAUCUUCCUUUGCAAUGAGCUUGCAAAUGGCACCAUGACCAAGGAGAACUACAGCAGCCAAGAGCGCCAGUCUUGUUGCUGUGUAUAG